AUGAUGUGGGACCAUGGGCCGGGCGCUUCGCGUUUCAUCCUGGCUAACCGAUUCGCUGACGUGACAACAUGCUGUACUGAAGUCGACACUACAAUGAGUCUGAGUAAGGUUUCGAGAUGGAAUCAAUUCAGGCGACAGGUCCCGGGAUCAACAUCUAAAGCGACAUCGCAUGCGGCCUUACCCAAAUCGGACUCAUGCCAGAACACAAUGGCGUCAGUGAGGAGCUGGCCAGAAGAAGCUCGAGGGGUGAAAGAACACACAUGGCUAUCGUAUGUCUACGGUAUCGGUGAUGUGUUACUUAUUCUCCUACCCAUUUACUUCAUCUUGCUCGGUUUCGCUGCGGUAAGUCUGAACGGAAAGCCAACUAAAGACAAUACUUUUGGACCCAAAGUAGAGUUUGCCAUGGACCUUGGUCCUACUAUAUUUCCCAUUGUCUUCGCCGCUAUUAGUGGACGGAGCAUGAAAAUGAUAGCCCGGUACUUGGCGGAAAAGGGGGCGAAAUUGAGUACUUUAGAGCUCUUAAUGGCUAGUCAAUCCGUCUGGGGAACUUUCGAAAGUCAGCUUCUUAUGCAACGUCUCACGAUCGUGGGCGCCAACCUAUUGUUUCUCUGGUCCCUUUCUCCACUUGGAGGUCAGGCUUCUCUUCGCUUGAUGCAAAGAGGUCAACAGGCUAGUUCUACUCCAAUGAGGCUUCGCUAUCUCACCACAGGCCCAGCAGGGGCCAUGUCCAGUCUUGCUACCGGCAGUACUCAGCGAGGAAAAUAUGCCGAGGCUGGUGCUUUGUAUAACGCUGCACUCUUGGCCCCACAAGCUGUGAAGCUUGGUCCUCAGGAUCCUUGGGGGAAUGUCAAAAUACCUAGCCUAGCUGCUCUCAACACUUCUUCAGCUGAUCCCAACGGUUGGCUCGAUAUCCCAUCUCGAUUCUCGAUUCCGGAGCAAUACGCAUCUUUAGUCGGCGUGCCAAUAGCUGGAAUACCACUGGAUUCGGAGAACAAUUUCACUAUAGAGUACAACUAUCUUUCAGUGGAUUGUAAAGGUUUUGAGCAACAACCUUAUCCGGGCUUGCAUGGUACAGGCGAUCCGACCGCAACCAAUUAUACGAAACUGGACGAAAUGCUCCCCGGGCAGAUAUGGUAUAAUAAGUCUCUAUAUCAUCUUCAACCGUUCGAUCUUUUAGGUGGUAGAGCAUCAUUUUUCAUUGACACUACUCAAGAUCUAGCUCGCAUACCAAUCGGUAGCGCGAAGGGGAUAAAUCAGGAUGUCUACCUAGGCCGCCUUGAUGGCUUCAUUGGACACUACAACCAAUCUCGACUCAAUGCAAGCGAAAUAGAGACUCCUAGAGAAGUCCUUUUCGCUUCUGUAUACGGUAUUAGCAAAGAUGGCCUAGACCAGGGUCUCAAUAUUGCCCGAUGCUUACUAUUUCAAAACCAUGUUGAAGCCUCAAUCCACUGCACUGGGAGUCAGUGUGCGACAAAAAAGCUGAGAAAAUCUAUUACUGAUAAGCGGCCAAAAGCAUUGACAGCUUUUGAACACAUCUCGAUUUUUGACGACUUCGCAAGGGAGUUUCCUACAGCUAUAAAGUUCAGUGAAGGCUCCAGUCCUACCGAACGUUUCAUCGCCAAUACUUCCACGUUCCCUUUCGUACAAAAGGCGGGCCGGCUGUAUGCGAAUGAAGCCUACACAAAUCUAUCGACAGUUCCGCCGGAGGUUUUCUCACGGCGACUCAGCCUAGUCUUGAACACCUAUUUUCAACUCAGUACACAGUCCUCAGGCUACUUCGGUGGCUUGAACAACAACCUGACAGUGUACGGCCCCGAUACAUUGCCAGCCACAGAUGUCAACGUCUAUCUGCCAGCCAAUCUUUCUGCAACUAAUCAUACGUUCUUCGAAUGGGUCGGCAAAUACCAGCGGACUGUCAUCGACUCUAAUUCACCCUUCCUUGGCGCAACGACAACGGCAAGUACAACAGUCACCAGAGAGAUUUUCGUUUGCAACUUCGCGUGGCUUGCUCUUCUCCUUACUUCGUCGUUCGCGAUCUUCGUUACCGGCAGUGUCGCUAUCUUGCUGAAGCGCAAGACUCUCGGCCCCGAGAUGUUCGGCUUCGUGGCAAGCCUGACGUAUGAGAACCCAUGGGCAAAGAUUCCCAAGGGUGGCACAAUGUUGGAUGCUAUGGAGCGAGCCAGGCUGCUUAAAGACGUCGAGUUUCAUGUGGGAGACGUUCGUGGAGAAGACAGCAUUGGGCAUAUCGCCUUUGCAGCUGGUGUGCCACUGCGGAAACUGGAGCGAGGCCGUCUUUACUGCUAA